GCAAACAAACACAAUGUGCGGUUCGGCAAAAUAAACGGGAGAAUCUGGCGCUCCUGUGAAAGGCGGCCGGCGCUGUUAGGUCAUCUACGAAAAGGACGCUCGGACCCCGGCGUGGUCCUUACACCGGCGUAAGGGGGGUUAUAGAUCCGAUCAGAUCAUGCAGUGCUCAAGGGCCGUCAGACAUGUGUCCGGCGAGGUGGAGGACAUGGACACCUCGGAGGCUCACUGGAGCUGGUUUUAUCUCGCUGAAUGUGGCGUCUGGCAUAUGUUUGAGAUUAAUCAAAGUGCUGCCUGUUCUGUGACCAGUGAGCAAAUUGAACAGAACUACAGCAGAAAUCAACUGGGUGUCAUGGAGUUCUGCACAGCGAAGUAUACUUACAGAUUAGAUUUUUCAGUGAUGAAGCAGACCAACUUGACAACUGGCAAGCAGCGUCCUAUACAGCGCGCGCUGCGUUCCGAGACAAGUUUCAGGUUCAUCUGUGAUAAUAUUGCCCUUCCCGUUCCUGUACACUGGGAGAGGAUUAACACAGAAGAGCCCUAUCAGCUCAUCACUCUGAGCAAGGACACUUUUGAGUAUAAGGAGGUCAUGAGACUUUUUGAAAGAACUAUGGAUGCACCCAUCAGAUCAAUCCAGAGGAUCCAGAACUUAGACCUUUGGGAGUUUUUUUGCCGGAAAAAAGCUCAGCUAAGAAAGAUAAAACGGGCCGCGGACAUUGAGGAGAAGAUGCUAUUUCACGGCACAGGCUACAGCAAUGUGCAGGCUAUAUGCACAUAUAAUUUUGACUGGAGAUUAACUGGAAGCCAUGGUGACAUCUAUGGCAAAGGGAGUUAUUUUGCAAGAGAUGCCAAAUACUCAAGUAAAUUCUGCCACACUACAGCAAACCACAACGUCGUUCUUCAAAAACAUGGCCUGGCGCCGGCCAUUUUCCAGAGCGACCCACCAUAUAAAUCGAUGUUCCUGGCCCGGGUGCUCGUUGGGGACUACACAGUCGGACAGUCGAGGUUUUGCCGACCGCCCUCCAAGGACACACGGGUCACAAACUUCUACGACAGCUGCGUGGAUGACAUCGCAAACCCAAAGAUUUUUGUGAUCUUUGACUGCAAUCAGAUAUACCCAGAAUAUUUAAUAGAGUUUUAUUAACAAGGAUUCAGUAACAUAACGGAUAUAAGGGAAGGGCCCCACAGAGGAAAGGGGCAAAUUCUCUGAUCCAGCCUGAGCACUUUAAAUCAGACUGGGGGGGUUUCAUUUGUCUGUGGUUUAUUAUAUCCAUGUGUUGUCAGGUUUUACACCUGCUUAAAAUACUACAGACAAAAGGAAGUAUAUAUUCUUUCAAAGGAAAGAAGAGGCAUGUCCUUUCAAUGGAAGGUGGGAGUGUAACAUUUGUCUCUGUAGUGUAUUUGGACCUCAUGUAUUAUUUUUUUGGUCUCUCUGCAAUGUCUGUCGACUUUCCUUACUGCAGCAAAUAGGCCAGAAGGCUGAGCUUUGAGUCUGACACGGGCAUCGGGGUAGGGCUCCGCAGACGGGCUGGGAGAGCCUGUGUCUGGGGGGUCACACCCCGCAGGGGUUACUGGUCUGCUGUGCGAGGACCGUUCACAGAAAGGUGACACCACCGUGUGGUCAUGGCACAACAUCACAGCUGGGGUCUGGCUCCUGGAAGGCUUGCAGUGAACUGGGGUUUAUGGUUUAGUGGCUCAUUAACUACCUCAGAUAUUCAUCACAGACAUCGAUCUGGCCGAUAACUCCUGUUAGACUGAAUCUGCUGUCAUUUCACCCUCCCUGCACUGAAGAGGGCUAGAAUGUGAUGCUCUGACACGGAUGUCGUCCGGCAAAUGAGCACGCAGAUAUCAGGGCCACGCCCAUGCCAAGAUCAUGUGAAUAAGGACACCCCACCCAAAAGCGUCUGCCGUCUUUGCCCUCCAGUGGGAUCCCUUCUGUGGUUUGUGUUACAUGUUGCCAUAUUACAUGCGACGAUGGAGGGCAGGUUCUCCGUUUUGGAUCAUCUUUCCAAGGCUGGAGGCCGAGCUGAUCCAGGAGAUGCUUUGGCCACGGUUCGGAGCAUGGAGACAGCAGCUGGGAGCAGAAGCAGGACCAUCUUCUGAAGGCAGAAGGAGAAAGCCUGCUUUGCAACGAGCUGGGCUGCAGGGAUCUGUGGGCUUAGAGCUGAUGGCUUCUCCAGAGCUGCUGACAGAUUUUCCUGUGAGGCCAGUCGGAGACCAGCUCAGCCCUCACUGCCACGCGAGAGCAGUGCAGGAAGGUGAAAGAUGACGCACCAUUUGCGUUUAUUUAGCCGCCACUUCUGUGAGCUUCCAAAGGACCUUCUUCUGAAGAUCUGUCUGCAGUAAUUUGCCAGGUUACAUUUCAGGAUGGACUGCUUGUGUCCAUCACAGAUGACAGGAAUGUUAGUGUUUUUUAUUACCUACGGGGGGCAGUAUAGCACGUGCGGGGGCUAAUUUAACUACCCUUUCCAUUUUCCCCAAGGCAAGAUGGGGCCCAGAGAGCCAGGGAGCUCGGCUACAAUAAUAAUUAAUAAUAACGACACUUUAUCGAUCCCCGUGGGGAAAUCCUCUUCUCGCCUCCCUCCUCCUGUAGGUGACCGUAAGCUUGGCCCCAAAGGGCAGCCUCACGCAGAAUAGCUUAACAUAGACUUUGGUGUAUGAGGUGAGGAAUGCUAGGGGUGAGUUCCUUUCUGUGGGGGGAGCAAGUUCUGUUGGGCACCUCAGUUUAGUCUCUACCAGACAGUAGGGUUGGGUCACCCCUGCGGAAUGGGUUUUCCUGUCGCUCUUACCUGUAUGUCACCUGUCCCUUGUUUCUGUGGUCCUGCUGCCAAAAUAAUGAAUUGUGUUUUGUUUUUCUUUCUGCAGUGUGUUUUUCUUUCUUGAAAUGUGAUUAAAU